ACCCCUCUGGUAGCCUUCGCUUCUCCUUCGCCCCCUUCUUCCAUCUCCUCCUCCUCCUCUACAUCUCCUCACACAGACUUCACCAGAGAAGGGAGGAAGCAGAAGGAGCAGGGCAGGAGAUGGCAGGGUGCGGUGAAGCCAAGUCGUCGGUUUCUAUGGAGGACGAGGCCUAUGUCGAGAAGAAGUUCGGAGGUAUCACGCCCAAGAAGCCUCUGAUAUCCAAGGACCAUGAGCGGGCCUACUUCGAUUCAGCAGACUGGGUCCUCGGCAAGCAAGCUGCAAACAGCAGCUCAAGGCCUGCAGUCGAGUCUCUCAAGCCCAAGCUUAAGAGGACGCCGCACCACCAGCUUCCCCCUCGCAAGCCCGCCUGCGCAUCUGGCUGAGACGCAAGGGACUACGUUGCAGCAGCAGCAGCAGGUGAAAAGCUCCAAGGGAGGGGACAAGAGAGAUCAGAUUAGUGUUACGCUCCUCCUAAAUUUGUAGGAAACAAGUCAGACAACUCUGCAUGCAAAUUGGCUUCUUGGCACUCGCUGCAUGAGUGCCUGUAUGUCUGUCAGAAGUGGUCGAUUAUCCUUAUCAUGUGUAAGAAUAAAUAGUGGAAUUAAAGGGCUCGCUUUAAACCUUA